CAAAAAAAAGCAAAAACCGUGUUUAGUUUGUAACCAGAUUUCCCUUCAAAAUUUCCCCCGGAAACAAAAACAAAUACACGUUUUUUCAGUUAAACAUCUUUCAUCUAGCGCACCGUCGAACACAAGUGGUGACGCACACAGAGCUUCAGGUGUUGUGUCUUCCAAAACCAGUUGUCCCUAGGAAUCGAACGGAGACGGUCGACCGCUGAACGAGAUGCAGAUGACCGGACUGAUUUCGUUGAUUGGCUGGUUGGUGCUAUUCGGUACCGCGGAGUCCAGCCGAAUACUUUGCAUCAAUCCGUGUCCCGGAAAGUCACAAGUAUUAGUUGCCCAAGUGUUACUGAAAGGUUUAGCCGAGCGCGGUCACGAGGUCACCAUGAUCAGUCCGUUUAAGCUAUCGAAACCUGUGCAGAACAUCCGGGAGAUCGUUGUUCCGAUGAAUGAUUUCGUUGCCAAGAAGAUGAGAGAUUUUGUUAACAAACCACCGAAGAGCCUGUUGAGCUACUAUCCGGAAAUGAUGCAAGAGAUGCUGAUAUGGGCGAAUAAUACAAUAAAUUAUCCGGAAUUUCUGAAGCUUCGAGAGGAGAAAUUCGAUCUGGUGAUUGUGGGAAUGUUUUUGGCCGACUUCAUUUUAGGCUACGGUCCGCACUUCGAGGCCCCAACGGUAAUACUGUGGACGGCCGGUGCAACCAAACACACGGCAGAUUAUGUCGGAAAUCCCAGAGAGAUCGUUACGACGCAAAACAUGAUUCUUGGCCCGCAAGAUUUUACGAAAUUUUCGUCAAGACUGAAAAAUUUUCUGGUUGCUUGUAUUGAGAACGCUAUUGGAGUCUAUAAUUUUUACAAGCAAAAACCAUACUACGAUUGGAACUUUCCCGCAGAUCGCUAUCCAAGUUACGAAGCCGUGCGGAAAAAUGUCUCACUGGUUUUAUUGAACAGUCACUUUUCGCAAGGAGGUGCCAGACCCUAUCUGCAGAAUAUAGUCGAGGUGGGAGGGCUACAGAUCAAAACCAAACCAAAUCCUUUGCCAAAAGAUAUUCAGGAUUGGUUGGACGGAGCGGAACAUGGGGCCAUUUACUUCUGUUUGGGAUCCAACAUGAAAUCGGCUUAUUUGCCAGCGCACAAAAUGGAUGUUCUGGUGAAAAGUUUGGGCAAACUGAAACAACGAAUUCUGUGGAAAUGGGAAACGGAUAGCUUUCCUAAUCAACCGGCAAAUGUAAUGACGAAAGAGUGGCUUCCACAGGAUGAUGUUCUGGCCCAUAGCAAUGUAGUGUUGUUCAUUGCCCAUGGCGGUUUGGGAGGAAUAGCCGAGGCUCGCUAUCACGGGAUUCCGGUAUUGGGCAUACCGAUGUUUGCCGAACAGUCCGGAAAUGUAGCAACGGUAGCCCGAGAAGGAUGGGGUUUGGAGGUGAACUAUGAGACACUGAACGAGGCGACAUUCAGUGGACUGCUGAACGAGAUACUGACGAAUCCGGCCUACCGCCAGAAGGCUCGGGAACUAUCCGUUGUCUAUCGGGAUCGACCUCAGACGGCAUUGGAAACUGCCUGCUACUGGAUCGAGUACGUGAUUCGUCACAAAGGAGCCCCCCACAUGCACUAUCAGGGAGCGGAUUUGAAUUUUUUCCAGUCGAACAUGUUGGAUGUGCUGGGGGUAAUAAUUUUGGGAGUUUAUUUGACUGUUAAAAUACUAAAAGUUUUUAUCAUGGGAAUGGUGGGACUUUGCUGUGGCAGAAAAAAAAAGCAAAAGCUUCACUGAGUCAAAAUUGAAGAGGUACAAAACAAUUAAUCCGUUAUCAUAAAGUUCAUAUGGUGACAGAUAAGGUGAUAGGAUUCUGUAGGUUAAGCAUGUAAAGAAGUGAACGAACACAUUCUCAAACCUAUCAACGACAGAUAGCACAUCAACACAUAUAUGGUGAUAAGACGAAAGCAGCUAAAAGAUACAAUAACGAAUGUACAAAUAUGUAUUUUAUGUAUAUAUCCUACACCCCACUUCUUCAAUUUAAA